UCUCCCUCUUCUGGCCUGCAUCUCCGACCUCCUCCUAGGCCUGCUCAGUCCUCUUCACCCACCCUGCCUGCUUCUCUGUGGGCCCUGAAAGAUUGCUACUCUUCACGGAUUGUCAGAGAGAAAAUGGCAGAGAGCUCCCUGUUUGCACAGCGCCUGAAAGCCAUCACGGAGCGGCGCAGGCUGCAGGAGCGUAUCCUGGCCACCCGCCGGGACCUGGAAGAGGAGAGACUGCGAGCUGAGCGCCUGAAGAGGAAGUCCCUGCGUGAUCGGUGGCUGAUGGAGGGGACGUCUGCACCCACUGAUGACAAUGAUCACACGUCUCCUUUUUGGGAGGCACAGACCCGCAUCCAGGAGCUAGAACAAGAUCUAUCCAGCCUCCAGUCUCAGAUGCAGCAGCUGGAUAACCCAGAGCUUCACCGGGCACAGCAACGGAUGGAGGAAGUUGCAGGGACUUUGAAGGAAGUGAAACAGUCCCUGGAUAGCAUUGGGAAGGUUGAUGGGACCUCUUCCUCUUCUCCCGAAGGGAAAAAUAGCAGCGAGUCCAGACUUGAGCUCGCUCCUCUCCCACCCAAGAGGCCCAUGAGGGCAGCGGCCAAAGAGAAACUGCAGAAUGGAGACAUGGGAGAAGGUCCAUUCAGUGGGGAAUUCAGCCCUGAGAAGGCGAGUGUCAAGAUGAUCCCCGUGGUCGCUGAAGGUGGGGACCUGCCACCUCCGUGGGGGAGUUCCGAGGUGGCUCCUGCCACAAAGCCGGCUUGGCAGAGCGUGGAACCCAGUGAAGCCCCUACUAGCCGCCAGAGAAAGCUGGCCGUGGAGGAGAUGGUCAUCAGAGACCACUUGGGCCAGGAAGUGGGCAGCAUGGACGCUGUUGGACAGAAACAGAGAUCCAUUGGGAAGGAGGACGAGGAAGAGGACCACACUGACUUGGGGAAUGGGUGUGAAGACUGGAGCAAGCCUGGCCCGCUUUGCAGCACCUUGGGCCAAGAGAAGACCCCUGAAGCUACAGAAAGCCAGCUGGACAGUGAGCUUGGCAGCCGUGAUGGCCCAGAGGGGCAGUCCCCCACUUCCCAGAACCAGCAGAGUCCCUCUAGGUCCUUGCAGAACGAGAACUGUUACCUUGAUUCACCCAAGCGGCAGGCAGAGGGGGGGCUAGAGAUGGGCUCUCUGGCCAAGGAGGCAGCUCUGGUAGCAGUGGGGCAGAAGGAGCUGCCAGAACAGGGUGCCAAGGAGGCAGAGCCUACCCAAGACCUGGCAACUGGAGAUGCUCCGGCUGCAGAAUCAGUGAGGUGGGAGGAGGAUGGUCAAAUGAAGAAGCAAGAGCUGCAGGAGCCCCAUGGAUUACAGCCACCAGUGACAGGGCCAGGAGAAGAGAGAGGGGAAUCUUGGCUGGGCCAGUCCACACCACUUCUUCCAGCCCAGAUCAUUCUUGUGCAAGGAACAAAGGCUCAGAGCUCCUUGGAAGAGGCAAAGACCACCUUUCUGGAUCCAGUCCUGUCAUCCUCUCUGCCAGACCAGAAUCCAUUGACUCUUCCUGAUCAGAUUAUUUCUCUGCAAGACACUAAGGGAUCUCUUCUAGACCAGAUCCCAUCUUCUUUUCAAGAAAUAGAGGGUUCCCUCCUAGAUCCAGUACUACCAUUUUUACCACACCGGAUUCUUUUAGAGCAGAAUCUUCCUUUGCAAGAAAAUAAGGAAUCCUCUCCAGGCCAGAUCUCAUCCUCUUUUCAGGAAUCUCUUUCAGAUCAAAACCCACCGUCUCAGCUGGAACACAUUUCCUCUUCUUCAGAGCAGAAACCAUCUUCUUUACAGGGUGAGAUAGCUCCUGAACAGGAGGCUAAACUCCCCUUGUUGGACCAGAUCCCAUCAUCUCUACAUGAAGCUAAUGGAAAACCUCUGGACCAGAUCCCAACAUCUCUACAAGAUCAGAGUGUAUCUCUGCCAGAUGAGAUCCAGUCACUUCUUCCAGACCAGUCUGCAACUCUGCUGGAAGUUGAAUCAACACUGCCAGAACAGAUUCCUUCUUCCUUGCCUGAAAUAGAGAGAUCUCUCCAGAUAUCAACAGCCUUACAAGGCCAGGAACUUUCUGUGCAGGAAACGGAAGGAACUCUUUCAGACUUAACCCCUUCUUUAACCAAUCAGUUAUCUUCUCUGCCUGAUAAAAUCACUUCUCUUCAAGAAGCCGAAGGAGGAUCAUCCUUUGAAGAGAUUCCAUUAGUUCUGCAGGACCAAAUGCCAACACCUUCAGAGGCCCCGAUCCUUUCUCCACCAGAAGCUGGCAUCGUUCUUCCAGGCCAAAUCCCAUCCUCUGUGGACGAGGCUAAACAUUUACUUCCCAAUGAGAUGCCAGUGUCUGUGCCAGACCAGAUUCCACCAGCUCCACAAGACCAGAAAUUAACAUGUUUGGAGGACAAGACCCCUUCUUCUCUGCAAGAGGCGGGAGGAUCUCUUCCAGACCAGGGUCAGGCAUUGCUGCCAAGCCCAACCUCCCCUGGUCUCCCUGUAGCUAAAGGGGCAUCUCCGAACCAGACCCAACCUACAUUCGUAGAGCAAAUGCCAACCUCUCCGCAGGGACAAGUGUCUUCUCUUCCAGCAGCUGAAGGUUCUCUUCCAGAAGAGCAGGUCCUGUCGUCUGUCCCAGAACAAACGCCUACAGUACCAGACCAAGCCCCAAGCCCGAACCAAUUCCAAAGCCCGACACUGCAGGAUGUAGCAACGGUUCCCGAUGUUGUGCCCUUGUCCAGUCAAGAGCCUGUCCAGCCACCCCCGAACGUGGCCGCCGCAGUGGAAAACCAGGGCCUGAAAGAAGGUGGAGAUGCCAGCCGGGCCGUGGCGGUAGCAACAGCCCCUGAAGAAAUCCCAGAAGUCUUGGGAAAUCUUCACGCCGAGCAGCAACCCCUGCUGAAGGAGGCCAAGGCCACAGCAGACCUUCCGGACACUUCCAUAAGAGGCCCGCAGACCAAGGCUGGGAUCUUAAAGGCCCAAGGAGCCACAAGCCAGGAAGCCCCUACUUACACCACCACCUCUGCCAACACUGCCUCAUCUUGCCAGCUCCAGCCUGCCGUUCCCCGCCAAGGGGAGGGCCAAGAGCAGGGGCAGAGCAGGCGCAAGCAGAAGUCGUGCCAGUGUUGCUCGAUCAUGUGAGCCGGGGGAGUGGGGUGGGCUUGCUUGGAGGAAAUGCCCUCCUCAAGAACGGGAGUUGUUGACCUGGUCCCAGCAGCAGGCUCUGGAAUUGGUCACAUGCCCUGCCGAUUGUCUAGUAUAGGCAUCACACACACACACACACACACACACACACACACACACACACACACACACACUCUCUUACUUCCUGGAGGGACAUGGAUGCUGGCUGGGGAGGUGGGCCCUUGUAGGCUUUAUUAUGUCACAUGCAGAGGCACUGUUCAAGGAAAGGAUUUGCCUCUCCAGUCCUGCUACACAGCCUCCCUUCCGUGGGCCCCUGGAGGUGUUGAAUGGGAGGAAGAGAAAUGCAGUGCUCUGGCUGCUUGGGAGAUUCCUAUGUGUCCCUGCAUGCAUGUUUUCACACGUGUGUGUCAGCACAUAGACACACACACACACAGACUCGAUUGCAGCACCUACAUACCCCAGCACACUCGCAACAUGGGCCUCGUUUUCCUUGGCACAUCCUCAUGUUCUCAUGCUCUGCUGCAAGCGUUUUGCCACAUCUUCCCUUCACGGAUAUUUAAUGAGUGUGCAAUCACCCGUUUUGGUGUACGCACACAUGACAUUGCGCCUCCCACACACACAGGACUGGGCACACCUGCAUCCAUACAGUCACGUAUUUACUCUCACUGGCUUGCAAUGCAUCCAUUCACAUGUAGGGGAAACCCAAAAUUACGUCACGUGCCAGUGCAAACAUACAUGCUCCCACAUGCUUGUACAUAGCACACCCAGGGCUGUACCCACGCAUGCAGAAGUCUGCCAUCUACACGCUCCGCAUGUGCCUGAAUCCCUCUGCCAACCUGGCAUUACUCACCAAACCAGUCUGGGCCUUUUCCUGACCUUGAGCAAUACUUUCUUCCUCCUGCUAUCAUCUUCUGCCCCUAUCCUAAAAUGGCCCCUAUCCUGAGCACAGCUGAUCACACAGCAGAUGCUCAGUACUUUGACUCUCGGGGGCCAAAGAGGACUCCCUGCCAGCAGAGGGAGCCCUGCAGAGACUGUGGACAAGGCACGGCUGGAACCCUCUCCACCGACUGUGGGCUUCCAGCCGAGAUGUCACGUGGCGCAGAAUUACUGCCCGCCCUCACAAGGCUGUACUAAGAGACCUUUCCCGACUGUGACCCCUCCAUUCCUGUAGCAACCACCACAGGGCCUGUGCUCUGCCAGGAACCCCAGCCUCAGCCCCUUCCCUCCCCCCCCCCCCCGGUGACUGUUUAUUCUAUGCACUUUGUUUUAAUUCUGAUUACAUAACCUCUGUUUAGGGCCACAACCACCCAAGCCAGUAAGAGCCUUUUAAAUGUCCGUUCCUGGGUGGUACAGAAAGAUUCUCAAUUAAAGUCAGAUGCAAUGGCAA